UUCUAGUUUAGUUUAGAGUUUUCUAGUGUUUGAUAUUAAUAUUCAUUUUCAUCAACAUUCUUCCAGAAUCAUAAACCCUAGUUUCCGAUUCGCAAUCAGGUACCAAUACUCCUUUAUCAAUCACGUAACAAUCACAUAUAUAUGAUUGUUUCUGUUCGUAAACACUCUUUACAUGAUUCAAUCCAUUCAUUUUUCGUUAAUCACAAAUUAGGUUUUCGUUCGUAUUCUUCUAAUUCCGUUAGAAUCUGAUGUUUGUUAUAAAUCGCAUUGAAAUUGCUCGAUUCGUGUAUCAAAUUGACUGAAAUCGAACCAUUAGGUUAUGAUUCAGAGAAAUCGUUCAUUACUAGUUAGGUUUUCGUUCUAAAUCUGUUCUAAUUUGAUGUUUGUUUUGAAUCGAUUUGAAAUUGUUCGAUUCGUGUAUCAAAUUGACUGAAAUCGAAGCGUUAGGUUAAGAUUCAGAGAAAUUGUUGAUCGCUAUUUAGGUUUUUGGCUCUGAAUCUGUUCGAAUUUGGUGUUUGUUAUGAAUCGUAUCGAAAUUGUUAGAUUCGUGUGAUGAAUUGACUGAUAUUGAAGCGUUAGGUUAAGAUUCAGAGAAAUUGUUGGUUACGAAUUAGGUUUUUGGCUCUGAAUCUGUUCGAAUUAGAUGUUUGUUAUGAAUCGUAUCGAAAUUGUUCGAUUCGUGUGAUGAAUUGACUGAUAUUGAAGCGUUAGGUUAAGAUUCAGAGAAAUUGUUGAUUACGAAUUAGGUUUUUGGCUCUGGAUCUGGUUGAAUUUGAUGUUUGUUAUGAAUCGUAUCGAAGUCGUUCGAUUCGUGUGGUGAAUUGACUGGAAUUGAAGAGCUAGGUUAAGAUUCAUCGAAAUCGUAGGGUAUGAUUUUAUGGCCACUGCAAUUUUGAGUUACGUACAGAGUUUAUGGCCGUUUUCGAGGAUUGUGAAUGAUGAUUUGCGAGUAUCGGAUGGAUUGGUGAGUAGAUUGGAGGUACCGGACGAGACGAAGCGGUUUGUGUUUGCGUUUCGUGAACCGGAAACGCAGGCGGUGGUUUAUGUACUCUGUGCUCAGAAUUUGUCUGAGAGAUCGGCUGUUGAUGCGGAGCGUGUUGUUAGAUGUGUUAAGCCAGGUGCGGUUGUCGUUCAGGUUAAGGAGGUUGAGUUUAGUGAUGUUCAGUUGGUAGGUGAUAGUGGUGAUGGUGAACAUUCGAUUCCGACUUCUUCGUUAGAAGUACUCAAGCGGUGUUUUCUUCAUAAAAUUGGGAAAGAUAAGUAUGAGAAUGUGGCUGGGAGUUUAGUGUUGAAGGGGAUUUUUGGUGUUGGGUUUAACGGUCAUUUUUCGGCUGCGAAACGAGCUGCUGAAGAAGUUGGUUCUUCGUUUUUGUUGCUCGAAUCGCCAUUCGUGAAUAUAGGAAAGGAUUACGGUCACUCAACUGAGGUUGAAUCUGGUAACAGUUCACAUGCUUUCGGUUUACAGCCUAAUAACUUGAUGCCACAAAAAGCGAGUUCAAUAAUUACGUCAGGUUCAAGUAGAUUUUUCAUUUCAGAUGAUUUGCUUCAUUCCCAGACGUUAAAAUCGUUAAUGUCUCAUUUGAUUCAGUUAAGUUCUGAACAAGAUACGGGUCGUGUAGACAUUCAGCCGAAAGAUGAUUAUGAGGUCCCGCAAUAUGCGUGUUCUGUGUAUCCCUUACUCGAAGAUUUGCAUGACAUAUUUGUGGAAAUACCUUCGAUCGGAAGGGCUUUAUCUUACGCACAAAAAAUGCUUCGUGAUGUCAGCAAAGGAGAGAGUGUUGAUACUCAAAUCCUUUCAGAAGUUUACGCAUUUAGAAUUGCAGUUGAGGGGUUACGUAUCGCUUUUAAUAAUGCUGGUCGAAUGCCUAUCAAAACCGGAAGUCAACCGCCUAAUGUUGACUUUUCUUCUCUACCCGAUGAAGAAAAGUCACACGCACUUCUUGCAAACGCUCUUCGUAGUCAAACAAAGAACUUCAACUCAAUAGUUGCGGUUUUAGAUGCUAGUACGUUAGCCGGUUUAAGAAAACAUUGGAAAACCGUUAUUCCUCCGGAGAUUAUGAACACUGUCGAUGAGCUGGUUGAUGAGUCAGCAAAGGACGGUGAAACCGAAACCAACAAUCACAGCGAUAAAAAACGAAAACUGAAAGAUAAACCGGUUGUCGCAGUGGGUGCGGGAGCAACAGCUGUAAUCGGAGCUUCAUCUCUUUCGAAAGUCGUUCCAGCAUCAGCGUUUGUAAAAGCGGUUACAUUCAAAGUUCCAUUUUCGUUAAAACUAAUAAUGACACAAACCCAAAAGCUCGUUUCCAUAUCGGUUAGCAAGAUUCUCGGCCCGACAAAAAUAAUAGCUCCGGGUGCGUUAAACUCUGGACUGAAUACAACAUCUUCGAUGAAAGCAGCUGCUUCUGCGGAGAAGAUUCGAACCGUUGUUCACAGCGUCAUUGCAUCUGUUGAAAAAACGAGUCUUUCGGCAAUGAGAUCAGCGUUUUACGAAAUAAUGAGAAAAAGACGUGUGCGUCCAGUUGGGGUUCUUCCGUGGGCUACGUUCGGGUGCAGUGUGGCUACUUGCAGCGGUUUGCUUGUGUACGGUGAUGGUAUUGAAUGUGUUGUCGAAUCGGUUCCUUCUGCACCGUCGAUUGCGUGUUUGGGUCGUGGGGUGGAACGUUUGCAGCAAGCGUCACAGGCGGUUGAACAAAGUGAAAUCUCGAGGGUACAAAAAUCUAUCGAGUUGCUUUUCAACAGGUUUAAAAUGUGGAAACUUGCCCCAUGAAAGUUUGGUGAGUUCUUGUGUAGAUGGGAGUUUGAAUAGAUAGAAAUUAUGUUUUGGUAAAAUGGUUUUGUAUAUAUCUUUAAUUGGUUUUUGUUAGCUUGUGAAAAAUAAAGAUUCUUCUUAUGAAGGCAAAGAACUUUUAUGAGAUUGAUUGAUUCUGGUUCUUUAGAA